AUGGGAACCCGUACGAAAGGGGAGCUGCGAACGCGGAGUGGGUGUCGGAAGUGUCGAGAACGGCGGGUCAAAUGCCCGGAGCAGAGACCCACGUGUGGGCACUGCGAACGGCUCGGCUUCGCGUGUCGGUACGAACUCAAGUUGAACUGGCAGGAUGUUGUCCUGUUUCGGCCUGAUGAUGAAACUGCAGCAGAGCUACCUGAGGAUCUUAUGGUCUCUAUCCACAGCUGGAUGUUCCUGAACAUGGACCAGGCCGACUUUAAUCCACAUAGCCUUCAAACGAACGAUGACCAGCUAAAUACCACUUUACCACAAAGUAACAAGGCUAGGUAUCAGUCAGAUGAUACUGUCCCCUACCCUCGCUAUCUCUCCCCCUUCCGCCUCGGGGAGGCUGAGGGUUAUCUUUGGUCCUAUUUUUACGAAUUUAUCUCCCCGCGAAUUGUGCUGGAUCCCGGCUUCAACCCCUAUAGAGAUAUUAUACUAAAAAUGGCCAUGUAUUCCCAAGAAGGCGCUUUAUUCCAGUGUAUACUAGCCGCGGCAGCGAAUCAGCUACAGAGCAUUGGCCGCAAUGAAUACAAGCCAGUUAUGUGGUUGCAUCGAGCCAAAGCAUUAAGUCGCCUAAGAACCCAAAUCGGCCAGCUAGCCUCGGGCAAACCCCCUGAAGUAUGUGGUGGUACUUCACAAGACCAGAUUAUUGCGUCCACUAUCAUGUUGACAUUCUUCGAGGCAAACUCAUGGACUGUACAUGCGGACUUUGCGCGAAGUUUCUUAUCAUCCCGCCUAAAAGAUGUUGAUGGCCUAAGUGCAGAACAGGAGGCACUUCUCUAUUUCGCCGUCACCUAUUUCGUCUCACACGAUAUCCUAGCUGCCACUGGGGGCACACUCAUGGAAGCGGCCCCGAUGGUCACCGAAAUGUGUAAAGCAGUGGACAAGCCAACUGUGAUGGCACUGACCGGAUGCUCGAGGGAUCUACUCAUACUCAUUUCUGAAAUAAAUCAGAUUAGCACAUUAAUCGUCCAAUCAGGCCAGAAAGGGCAUCCACUAGCAAUAAGGCAACGUCGAGAUAAUGUCGAAAGGCUCCUCCAUCAACUUCGUCAAGAGAUUCCCGACUGUGAAUCGUCUAACCCCGAAUUUGCUAUCAUUGCCGAGGUGAAACGUCUCGCAGCAAUCCUGUAUCUAUAUUCUCGAAUCGAUGGUUCUGGACCCCAUGAUCCGCACAUGAUCCGAGUCACGUCCCAGAUAAUGUCACUUGUUCCUAGUAUUUCACUCCGUACACACACGGGUCUUUGGCCCCUAUUCAUGGUAGCGACUUUGGGGGUACGCCCAGAAUGCGAUGCAGAUAGGAAGCUCAUCUUGAGCCGACUUGCUGAACUUCAGCAGACAAGACAGUUAGCAAGCGUCAAGAAGGCUAGACUAAUAAUCGAAGAUGUUUGGAAGUCACGGGAUCUACAACCUAACAUAUCUCAGGGGUGGAACAUAUUGCAAGGGAGGAGACAUGGUGCCAUCAGUUUAGCAUGA